UUGUGAAAUUUGGACAAAGCGAGAAGAAUUUCUGCCAAUAGUUGGUUGUCGUGUUUAUUUUUAAUUGAUAAGAUGAUGUUUUGUGUAAAAAUAUAAGAAAAGUUUUUAUCAAGUAUUUUUGUGAAAUAAAAAUGUUAACAAAUAAAAAACGAAAAGAAUUAAUAAAUCGUAGAAAUUCGCAGGUGUUCUGCAUGUCCCCCGUUCACACUUCGUAUAUAUUUUAAGAACGAACUACGACUCCACCACCUCUACCACCACACCACCACUACGCCAAUUACGACGUUUACUUUAUUUCAAUUCAACUAAAACUCUCCAAAGGCAGGAAAGAAAGAAAGAACACAAAUCACGAGAAAAGAAAAAAAAUAAGAUAAAAAGCAAACGAUUUUUUUGUUUUAUUUUUUUCAUAAAUCCAAUAGUGCAGACAUAAUACAUACAAUUUAUUACAAAUUUUCUUCGGUCCACACCAUUUUGCAUAUCUAUCUAUUAAAUUAAUUUAAAAGUAAAAAAAAUCAAAAGAACAACAACAAUUUAAUUUAUAUACAUAUAUACAAGUACGUAUGUAUAUAUAUGUAUGAGUGUGUGUGAGCGUGAAUGAGUGUAUGUGCGUGUAUAUAUAAUACAUUUAUUAAAUUUGCUUAUUCCACAAACAAAAAGAUCAAAAAAACAACUUAAAGAUAAAAAAAUAAGUUAUUACAUCAAGAAGCUCCAGCAAAAAAAAAUAAAUAAAGUUAAUUUAGCCCUUAAUCGAACUCUCAAGGCAACUAAUUACAAGAGAAAAAGAACUUAAUUGAACUAAGAUCCUCCUUGUGGCCCGAUUAGUAACAGUGCCGACGACAGUAGCAGCAGUAGUAGGUAGUAUCUAACAGCAGCAGCGGAGGCAGCAGCAGCCAUCAAAAUCAUUAUCAGAAAUCAUCAGAUAUGCGUGAAUUCAAAGUUGUUGUUUUGGGGUCCGGAGGUGUGGGCAAAUCGGCUCUAACCGUGCAAUUUGUUUCAGGAUGUUUUAUAGAAAAAUAUGAUCCAACAAUAGAAGAUUUCUAUCGCAAAGAAAUUGAGGUUGAUAGUUCACCAUGUGUGCUAGAAAUCCUAGAUACUGCUGGUACAGAACAAUUUGCUUCAAUGAGAGAUCUCUACAUUAAAAAUGGACACGGAUUUAUCGUUAUGUAUUCGUUAACAAACCAUCAAACAUUUCAGGAUAUUUCCAGCAUGAAAAAUGUUAUAACACGUGUUAAAGGAAGUCAACCAGCACCUAUUCUACUAGUCGCUAAUAAAUUAGAUUUAGAUUGCCAAAGAGAAGUUUCGACUGCCGAAGGUGAUGCCCUAGCACGACUCUGGGAAUGUCCAUUCAUAGAAGCGUCUGCUAAAGAUCGUAUUAAUGUCAAUGAAGUAUUUGCUACAAUAGUACGUGAAAUGAAUAUGACCCAGGAUAAAAGACAGAAAAAAAGUUAUUGUUGUUGUGCUCUUUUAUAGAAGGAUUUUGCUAAUAAUUAUUACAACUAUGCACACACGUACAUAUUAUAAUAUAAUUUAACUAACAAUAAUAAUAAUACUAUAAUAUAAUUUGAAGAAAAAAAAAAAACAAAAAAGAAAGAAAGAAAA